AUGGCGGAGAUAUUUCUCGACAAAACAAUCAGCUUGCUGUUAUCGGACAAGCAAAAGGCGCGCUCAGAUGGCUUAGCAGAUUUAAAGCACAUUCUUCAACAGAACAAGAAGAGCUCCAAGCUGCAAACCCUCAAUGAUAAAGCCUGUCAUAAGAUCUUUGAGUCCCUUUUCCGAUUUGUUGCAACUGAAAGGUUGGCAUUCAAUCGCACGUCGAAUUCUAAAAGCGCUUCUGCAUCGCGGCUCUCAACAUGUGCUUCUGUACUCCGAAUGGCAGUCGACCUCUUUUUGAGGAAUGUGAGGAUCAAAACGGUCCGAGCAAUUGUUGACCAUAUCAUAGAAACCAUUCCGAUCCCUGGGGAAGGCCUGUGGGAUCAUCUGAGUGCAGACUACACCAAAUGUUUGGCGUCGCUUCUACAUCACCGCCCACAUGCAGAGCAUCUUGAUGGGGAGGACUGGGAGAACAUUUUAAGCUUUUGCCUUGCUGGCAUUAGUCUUAAAGAGAAUGAAAGUCAGUUAAGUAUUCAAAGCGGUUAUCUGUCUGCCCUCGAAGAUCCGGAUGCCAGCGACAGCCGUUCGACUCCUUCGCGAAUGACCCCUGCCUCGGCCAGCAGAGAAAAUCAUGGCAGCAACAGAAAUGUUGACGAGGCACUUGUGCUUUGUAUCCAACUUCUCACAUCUGUGCCCAACCCUCCUAUUCAAAACACAGCGAAUAGCAUCCUUCAUGGACUGGUUGAUUUUGUCAAGUCGCCUUCAAUUGUAGCUGGAAAUACGCACCAGCUCUCUUUCAGUAGCAUCAAUGCAGUCAUUACCAAAGUCAUGUUUGAUCAGACCGAGCUUGUCCGCUCAUCUCUGUUGAGCCUGGUUCCAGUAAUCCGCCGAGUGUGGUUGUCCACCAAGCUACAGGCCCUCAAAGAUGAGUUGAUUGUCACUUUAAUGCUUUCUAUGAUCAUAUUGGUGGACACAGCCCGGAGAGAUCCCUCCGAAUCUUUGGCGCAUGAUGUGGAAGGAUUAGCGAAUUCACUGCACUCGGAGUAUGUGAAGCGUUCCCAAAAAGACGCCCUCCAGGCCGACGAUAUAAUCUUCUACGAAAAUGCGACUGCAGAGCAGAGCCAGCCAAUAUAUGGGCCUCGUCUUGGAAAUACAAGAUCGGAAUUCAACUGGACCCUUAUCUGGAUCAUUGCAGAGCUAUUGAAGCUCUCAGAGAACAUCAACAUUCGUGUCAAGAACCCUGGAUCACAACGUGGAGAAUCAAAUAAAAGACAGCGCUUCAGCUCUCAGCUUCAGGAUGUUCUCCGUGAUUCGAUCUCUGCGACAAGCACCCGAAGAAUCUGUGCAUUGCAGCUUGUGCCUUUCCUUGAACCCAAGCUCGACACAGAAACCAAAACCGCCAUUUUCAAGCGGCUCGUUUUAAGCAUCACUGACGACCACGCUUCUGUUUCAUACUGGACAAUGGUUGCUUUGGCAAGCAUUGCAAGCGGAGCAACUGCAAAGUCGCCGGAGCUCAAAAGCCAAUGGCCAAGGGUGGUCGACUUGACUGCACAUGCAUUCUCUUCCCCAAUCACAUCAAGAGCUGCGUGUAACCUAAUGAGCGUGGUGCUCCAGUCUGGCCUAUUGGAGUAUUCAGAGGCAAUGGAAACGACACGUUUAAUUCUGUCUUCUGCCAGUUUAAAUGGACCAGCUGCCAUAUCAGACUCAUCGCUUAGACUUUGGGCGUUUAUUGCGCAGUCGAGGACACAACUGGAUCCUGGAUCAGCCCAAAAGGCCUCGAUGCAGAUCUGCGGCUGGCUUAGAGACGUUUGGACUGUUGGCUCUGUGACUGAUCGCAUCCAAACGGCUCGAGUAGCUCUAUAUGCUCGCCCUCUGGAUCUACUGACCCUUUUCUUUUCAUGUACUAAUCGCCCUUUCUCUAUUUCCCCACACCAAGUGAAAAAAUCCACAGAUCUCUCGGGAAGCUUCUCAGGAGGUCCAACAGGCCCGAUCACUCGCAAGUGGUUCUUUUUCCAUGAAAAUCGCGAAUUGUUGGAAUAUGCCUUUCAUACAGAUUCCUCCACUGCCACCCACCAUGCCAACCCCUGGGCUUCACAGGAAUCAUGGUGUUUAGAACAAUACUCUCGGCAGGACCCUGAUGAUGCUGUGGUCUUGGAUUUGCUUCAUGCGAGAUGUGAGACAUUCUCGCAAGCAUGGCGCGUCAUGAAUGAGGAUAGAUCAAUAAUAUCUCCGGAGAAUCUGCAGGUCCUGGUGUCCUUCUGUAUUGUGGUUUCGCUUUUCACGGCAUGUCUCCCCCAAUCGGUGAAGACUCGAUCACAAGAUUUGAAACAAAAUUGUCGGACCCUAUGGGAUGCCAUAUGUAAUUUCCUGGCAACGCAUGAACCAAGAUUCAUUCAUCCAUGUUUGGAAUUGCUAUCACCUCUUCUUGGUCCUUUGCUGGGCCCUGGUACUUCUUCCACCAUCCGGGGUAGCCUCAAGGAGCUUUUUACUCCACUUUCCAAAGUCCUUGAACAGCUUCGUCAAACCUCAAAAGCCCAUUCUUCUGAAGAAUAUGAUCCCAUGGACUUGGAUGACUGCUUGAUGAAUGAUCAAGCUCAGUUGACAAUCGACCAGACAAUCAUUUCCACAAAUCGGAAUGCUUCGUCGUUGUUUCUAGAUCCCAUCACCUUCCAACUAUAUGUGACCAUCCAAAUAUCGAUAUUUCUAAAGGCCGAGGCAGACUCAAGCUCUGAUCAACCACGAGGAUCAGGUCUGGUUAAAUACCUGACAAGCCUCGAUGAAGCUGAUCUCUUGUCCGCCCAGAACUUGCUACCCGAGAUCUACCGGCAGUGCUCAGACUUGGCGCCCUCCAAAUUGCUAUCGAUCUUGGAAGACUUGGGCGAAAAAUGCUUACAAUCAUAUGAAAUGGAGCGAUGUGAAGCUUCACAUUGCAUUUGCAUUCGCAUGAUGGCGAGCUUUGUCAAUUCCUGGACAAACGGCCUCGAUGAGAACUUGAGGGAUUCAGCCAUGGACUUGUAUAGUUGGUUCAUUGAAGUGCUCUUGGUCCGAAAACGAGCUUCCCCAAAAGCCUACAUUGCAUUGGCAGAACUUGUCCGAGGCGUGCUUGGCACUUCCCCCUCAUACGGCACUGAACAGUCUCUUCCUUCUCCAAGAACAAGCCUAUUCACCAUCCUGCGAGAGGGUGACGUUCAGGUCAAGUUUACCGUUGCCAAAUUCAUUCCAACACUGUUUGAGCGCUUCCUUCUUAAAGACCAUGACGCUAUCUUUGAUGACGUUCUGGAAAGCUUGCCUCGUGACCCAGAAUGGAUCGAAGGUAUCGCAGUCCGCCUUUUUGUGCUUUCUCAACUAGCUUCUCGGUGGCAUACCUUGCUUCGCAGAAGUAUUUAUCAUCUGUUCGAAACUCCAGCUCAAGUUUCUUCGUCUCUAUGGUACGCUGAACGAUGCGUUGUCUCUGUCUCCCAGAGCCUUGGUCUGCGGGAUGCAAAAGAACUAUUCCGAUUGUUCUCAUCUCAGAUAUUGUAUACCUGGACCGAGACCCAAAGCAUAAUGGCGAUGCCAUUCAGUAUAUUUGGAUACGAUAGCCUUGAGGAGAUGUUGAUUGACGUCAAGGAUGAGAUCGUUGGGCAAAUGAUGAUGCGCGCCAAGGAACAGGAGACAAUUGAACUGGCAGAGCAUCUUGACGUGCCGCAUCUCGAACUUUUAGUGGGCUCUUUCCACAAGGCAGAAGCAUACAGCAUUGCACGGGAUAUCUGCACACCUCCAGGACAUGGCAGUCAGCCCAAAGGAGUCGAGAUUCGGCUCAGAAAACUGCUAGGUCCAGAUCAAUUCAUGGCACAGGUCGAGAACCAGUUUCCGUCCAUUGUUGCAGUCUUUUUCAAGUCCCUCGACUACUAUGACCAAAUUGAAAGGGCAUUCUCCAAGCGUGCAAGCUUUGGCUCUGCCCACGAUAUCCAAACGCAAAUCACCAGCAAGAGUGCAUCUCAAAACGUGCUGCCUGCAAAUCAACAGCCCUCAUUCCGAGCGCGAUAUCUGCUAGAUGAGCUCGAGUUCCUUUGCAAACGCACUGGAUUUGAACUUGAAUCAAUAUGGACGCCCUCACUGGUCUCUUUUGUCUGCCGCUUGCUUCUUGAAUCAAUACACCCUGCUCUUGGCUCCCUUCAUGCUUGCUCUGUCAUUCGCAAAAUACGGAUUCUUGUAUGUGUGGCUGGUUCCAUGAUUCUUCAAGACUAUCCACUGGAGAUGACCCUGAACUCCCUUCGGCCCUUCCUAUGUGACGUUCACUGUUCCGAGGAUGCCCUUGGGAUCUUCUGGUAUCUGCUUGAAAAUGGAAAGCCAUACCUACAAAAAAACCCAGGAUUCGCUGCUGGAACUGCUGUCUCAACCCUGGUUACUCUCCGCAAACUUUUCCUAUCUUCUCCGGAAAAUACGACCCAGGAAAGCCAGUUUAGGAAGGUGCUGUCAAGCACCCAAAAGUUCCACCAAUGGCUAAUAGGCCUCUUUGAAGACUUGCUUUCUUCGGACUGGGACACAAAGACGAAACAGUCAUUUGAUAAGCUAGUGAGCUUAGCUAACCAAUUUUCGACGUCCAAGGAUUCCUCAGAUGGGCACAUCGGGAAAGAUUUGGUCUUCGAGGUGCUCAAAGACCGCGAUUCUGCAACAACAUUACUCAGCAGGCCUGUAGCCGAUCUUGUUUUAUCGCUUUUAUGUCCUGAGUUCGGGGCUUCUGAUGCCGAUGAUAGGUCUCUAAACGAAGAUGUGGACCCUGCUUCACAUGUUGUCUCGCUGUGGCAUACGCUGCACAAUUUCAAUGGCGGGCCUCAAUAUCGACUGUGGGCUGCCCGGGUCAUUGGACGAUCCUUUGCUGCCACUGGCAAGAUCAAUCAACUUCUUCUACGAGAGCAGGAUCUCUCAUUAUUUGAAGAUGCUGGACCUUGCUUGUCAUCCGAUAUUUUCUGUCACUCGAAAGCCAGGAUUCUCCGGGUCUUUUGUGACAUGCUGCACAAUCAAAAUCAUCUAGAAGCUGGCUUGGUUGAACGAACCUUGCAGCUCAUUGUGAGUCAGAUCGCAAACUUCCCAGAUUACCAAGGUUGUGGCGAUGUGGUCCCUGAAUCUUUGAUGAAAGCACUCAUCUGGAGCCCAUACAACUGCCCUGUCAUUGAGCUCUCAACCCUGGAGGAGGAAAGAUGCAAUAAGACGACAAUAAGCCUGUCUGGGGUCUCAGUUGCGGAAUGGGCUCGUGAUGUUUCUCUGUUUUUGUCGACCGCUGCCUUGGAAGAUCCUGUUAUCGGGUCUCUUCGCAAGAUUCUCAACGCUGCCUCUGGUCUAGCGGUACAGUUGUUGCCGUAUGUGGUUCACGAUGUCUUGCUUUCGGAGCGAGACAAAAAAGGAGACCAGGGAGAAAUUCGAGAGACUAUUUCUGCCGUAUUUAAAGAGGUCUUGUGUGAGGUAUCCGAGAAUUUGUUACCUCACGCACAGCUUGUGAUAAGUUGCAUUCUCUACCUUCACAAUCAACCGGUCCCGGAUGAAUCGACCAUUGUCCAACGCAACAAAUGGCUUGACAUCGACUUUGGGAAGGCGUCUUCUGCUGCACAUCGUUGCGGGCUACAGAAAACCUCCCUGCUGUUCCUCGAGAUUCAAGCCUCCAAGGUGGUUUCGGGGUCCCGUCGAUCAUCUGUCGUCAAAUAUGAGCUACCAACUGCUUUGCUUCAUGAUAUUUACAAGAACAUAGAUGAUCCAGACUUGUUCUAUGGUAUACAGCAAAGUUCAUCGCUGACCAGCGUGAUGGAACGACUGGAGUACGAAAGCUCUGGGUUUAAGAAUCUCCUGUUCCAGAGCGCGCAAUACGAUAGCGGGAUACAGAUGUCAGACAGUGCAGACUCCUAUGGAGUUCUGAAAGCACUGAAUGCAACAAAUCUCCAAGGAAUUGCCAACACAAUGCUUUCCGCUUCCAGCAGUGCAAAAGAUUCCCCUGUGGCAGUUGAUAGCAUGUUGCAAGCAGCCACCAGCCUUCAACAAUGGGAUAUUCCGGUGUCCCCCUUGGAUACAUCGGCAUCAGCAACCGUCUUCCGAGCCUUCCAAAGUCUCAACACGUCUGGUUCUCUACUUGAGGUCACCAACUCAGUCGAAAGUGGACUAUUGACUACCCUUGAUUGCCUCAUAGAAAACGGUCGUUCCGCCAUCCAGUUGCGCACUUCGAUGCGUGCAUUAGGUAUUUUGACCGAGAUCAGUGACACGCUACAUUCCUCGAGUCCUGAAGAGAUAGACGCUGAGUGGAAGAAGAUAAUGACGAGAAGCAGCUGGCUGAGAACUGAAAGCUAUCAUGAGGUUGGCGAAAUCUUGUCGUGGCAUGAGGCAUUGUUCUCAUCGGUUAGGAAAAACGAUGUCCUGAAGUCACCAUCACAGCUGAGCCUCGGGAAUUCACGUUUGCUAGAAGCGAAGGUCAUUCGUCAAUCGUUGGAAGUAACAAGAAGCCACGGAAUUUCCCAGGCGUCGUUGAAAUCUGCAAUGAACCUUUCAAAGCUGGCAGAACCAUGUGCAGCUUUGGGUAUGAACAUUGAAGGAGCCGCAAAGUUCGACCUCGCCAAUGUUCUUUGGGACCAAGGUGAAAUGACUGCGUCUAUUCGCAUGCUUCAACAUUUGAAGGACCAAAACGAUCUCCAUAACCAAGCAAUUCCACUCAGUCGCGCUGAACUGCUUGUUACUUUAGGUCAUCAUGUCGCCGAGGCACGCUUGGAAAAGCCCGAUUCCAUUCUCCAAGACUACCUUUACCCUGCGGUUAAGGAACUUAGAGGAAGUUCCGACGGAGAGGAGGCUGGUCGAGUCUAUCAUGGAUUCGCAACCUUCUGUGAUCAACAGCUUCUAAAUCCCGAUGGACUAGAAGAUUUCAAGCGAGUGGAGCAACUCCGUGACCGCAAGGAGAAAGAAGUCCUUGGCCUUGAGGAGAUGAUGAAGGCCGCCACGGGCAAAGAGAGGGAGUAUUUGAAGAACUACCGUGCUAAAGCGAAACAAUGGUUUGACCUUGACGAUCGUGAGUACCAAAGAUUGCUGCGAAGCCGAGAGGCGUUCCUCCAACAAUGCCUCGAAAAUUAUCUUCUGUGUUUGAGAGAAAGUGAUACCUACAACAAUGAUGCUCUGCGUUUCUGCGCACUCUGGCUCGACAAGUCAGACGCCAAGACUGCAAAUGUGGCUGUCUCCCGAUACCUUGAUGAGGUACCCAGUCGCAAAUUUGCACCUUUGAUGAACCAGCUAUCCUCUCGUUUGCUUGAUGUCUCUGAUGACUUCCAAUCAAUUCUCACGCAAUUGAUUUUUAGAAUUUGCAUCGAGCACCCCUUUCAUGGAAUGUACCAAAUCUUCGCCAGCAGCAAGUCCAAGGGAGGCAAAGACCAGUCGUCCGUCUCCCGCUUCAGUGCUGCAAACAAGCUUGUCGAGCGUCUCAAAAAUGACAGCCAGAUUGGUCCCACCUGGGUUGCUGUGCAUAAUGUGAACAUCAGCUAUGUACGAUUCGCAGUCGACAGGCCGGACAGCAAGUACAAGAGCGGCGCCAAGGUUCCAUUGAAAAACCUCGCGACAGGACAGCGCCUUAGACAAGAUGUUAAUACUUAUAAACUGCCACCACCUACGAUGAAGAUUGAACUCCGCGUGGAUUGCGAUUAUAGUCAAGUUCCGACGGUUGCCAAGUUCUCCCCUGAGUUCACCAUUGCCUCUGGUGUCAGUGCGCCGAAGAUUGUCACUGCUGUUGCUUCUAACGGCGAGCGCUAUAAACAACUGUACAAGGGAGGAAAUGACGACCUGCGGCAAGAUGCUAUCAUGGAACAGGUUUUCGAGCAAGUCAGCAGUCUCUUAAAAGACCAUCAGCCUACGCACCAACGGAAGCUAGGUAUUCGGACCUACAAGGUUCUUCCGUUGACCUCCAAUGCGGGUAUCAUUGAAUUCGUCCCCAACACCAUUCCCCUUCAUGACUACCUGAUGCCAGCGCAUCAAAAAUACUUCCCCAAGGACAUGAAGCCCAAUUCCUGUCGCAAACACAUUGCCGAUGUCCAGACCAGAUCCUUUGAGCAGCGCGUUAGGACCUAUCGACAAGUCACCGAGCAUUUCCAUCCCGUGAUGAAGUACUUCUUCAUGGAGAAGUUCAACAACCCAGAUGACUGGUUCAGCAAACGACUUUCCUACACUAGGAGUACAGCCGCAAUCUCAAUUCUUGGCCACGUCCUGGGUCUCGGUGAUAGGCACGGACACAAUAUCCUACUGGACGAGAAGACCGGUGAAGUCGUGCAUAUCGAUCUUGGAGUUGCAUUUGAGCAAGGCCGCAUUUUGCCUGUUCCCGAAGUGGUCCCCUUCCGUCUGACACGCGACCUAGUCGAUGGGUUUGGAAUCACCAAGACCGAAGGUGUCUUCAGGCGCUGCUGUGAGUUUACCCUCGAGGCACUCCGCCAAGAAUCCUACAGCAUCAUGACCAUCCUCGAUGUGCUGCGCUACGAUCCGUUGUACAGCUGGACUGUCUCGCCGUUGCGUAUGAAAAAAAUGCAGGACAAUCAAGAAGCUGGCGACGGGCCUCCAAUACUAUCUGGCGCUGGUGUGACCGAUACCUCUUCGAGGAACGAGCCCAGUGAGGCUGAUCGAGCCUUGACCGUCGUAGCCAAGAAAUUAAGCAAGACUCUCAGUGUCACUGCUACUGUCAAUGAAUUGAUUCAGCAGGCAACCGAUGAGAGGAAUCUUGCUGUGCUAUACUGUGGCUGGGCGUCCUAUGCUUGA